GUCUUCAAGUACUCAAGGACAUGUGUGUGCAGAAAGAAAAGAAAAGAAAAAGGCUGAGCUGCAAGUGGAGUAGGCGUGUGGUGGGGUUGGAAGCUCCCUCACCAAUCCAUGAGAGCAGCACAUUAUCUCAGGCUGUGGAACUGGAUGGGCGAACUCUUCUCUUCCAUUAGCACAGCACAGAUGACCUCAGAAAGCCCUUGAAAAUGACGCUGGCACAUAUUCUAGUCAUCACGCUCAUAGGAACAUGCGUGUCUUUCUGUGCUGCACAGGAAACAGUAUGCACACAGGAGGCUGGGGCUGACAUUGUGUUUCUGGUCGAUGGCUCCUGGAGUAUUGGAAAGGAGAACUUCCAGCGGAUCCGAGAUUUUCUCUACACUCUAGUUGACAGUUUUAGUGUCAGUCCCAAUCAAGUCCGCAUUGGCUUGGCUCAGUUCAGCCAGGACCCAAGGACGGAGUUCCUGCUGAACACGUAUCAAGACAAACAAGACAUUCUCUCAUACAUCAGAAAAUUGCCUUAUAAGGGUGGUGGCACUAUGACUGGCUUGGGACUAGAUUUCAUUCUUAAGGAGCAAUUUACUGAGCAAGCAGGGAGUCGAGCAAGACAGGGGGUACCGCAGAUUGCCAUUGUCAUCACAGACGGUGAGUCACAAGAUGACGUGGAGCCACACGCGGAUGACCUGAGGCGUCGUGGAAUCAUACUGUAUGCUAUCGGGAUAAAAGAUGCAGAUGCGGAACAGUUGAGAAAGAUUGGUAACGAGCCCCAUGACCAGCAUGUGUACAGCGUCUCUGACUUCAGCGCUCUUCAGGGCAUCUCUCAGAACAUCGUCCAGGUGCUGUGUACCACCGUGGAGGAGGCCAAACGGCAAAUCACAGAAGAGUUCCAAGAGUUUGCUGAUGUCUUUUUUCUGGUGGACAGUUCAAUGAAGCCUCCACAGUUCCAGUUGAUGAGGACGAUACUUACUCGCCUGGCCAACCAACUCAAUGUGAAUAUCGAUCAAAAUCGCAUGGGACUGGCACAGUUCAGUGAUGACACUAAAGUAGAAUUUCUUCUGAAUGGCUACAAGACCAAAGAAGAGAUCCUCGCCCACCUAAAACGUUUCAGACUGAAAAGCGGUGGAGCACGGAACAUCGGCGCAGCUUUGGAAUACACCCGCACUCAUUUUCUCACCCCAAAGGCUGGAGCCCGUCUGUACCCAGGCUUUAGACAGUACCUGAUACUGAUGUCGUCGGGGAAAUCAGAUGACAGUGUGUUGAGACAGUCACAGAUUUUUGAAGACCAAAGUAUAAAUGUGAUCACUGUCGGGGUUGGUAACGCUGACCUUGAGGAAAUGCAGAUCAUUGCCACAGAUCCCUCAAUGUCCAAAACUGUGGAAAAAACUGUUGGGCAGACACCACAGGAUAUUAAAAAUAUAAUUGAAUCUAUGGACACUUUCAGUGUAACUGAUGAAUGUCUCUCAGCCACUGUGGCAGACAUUGUAUUCAUUGUGGACCAAUCCAGCACUGCAGGAAGUGAACAAUUUAAUCUUGUGCGUAACUUCCUUUUCCGCAUUGUAGCUGGUCUGGACAUCGGUUCUGAUAAAGUGAGAGUGGGUGUGGUUCUAUACAGCGAUACACCCAAAGCUGAGAUGUACUUGAAUACUUAUAACAGUAAACAGGACAUUCUCUAUCACAUCAGGAGACUUCCAUAUAAAAACAGUGCAACUGCAAAUACAGGAGAGGCACUAGAAUUUGUAAAAAAUGAUGUGUUUACCCAAAGAAGAGGCAGCAGACACCAAUAUGGGGUUCCUCAGACGGCUGUUGUCAUCACAACAGGAAAUUCUACCGAUGACGUCAGCCAGGGAGCAAGGAAGUUACGAUUGUCGGGGGUCAAAAUCUUCACUGUGGGAGGGGUAAAUUCCAACAGGACGGCAUUACUGCAGAUUGCCUCAGAUCCUUCUCGGACCUUUGUCUUCACUGUUGAAGAUCUUGCGAACCUCAACACAAUACAGAGGAAUCUAAGAGCAACUUUUUGCCAUGAAACCGAGCAAAGAGACCAUCCUGUCCAGCUCGUCACAGCUGGAGCCCCAGACUCUCGAAGUUCUGGGAUUCCUUUCCGAGGUGCUGGGAUUCCUUUUCUCAGAUCAGCCAUCUUGAAACAAGGUUGUCGGAAAACUGAAGAAGCAGAUAUUUAUUUCUUAAUUGAUGAAUCUGGGAGCAUCUACGAAAAGGAAUUUCAGAUGAUGAAAAAGUUUAUUUUGGAGUUUUUGCUCACAUUCCAUAUUGGACCUAACCAGGUCCGUGUAGGUCUAGUGAAAUUUGCUAAUGAGCCCAUACCUGAGUUUGACCUGACAGAAACCAAAGACAGGGCUGCCCUUGACAAAGCUGUGGAUAAGGUUUAUCUGGAUGGAGGUGGUACAAACAUAGGAUUGGCAUUGAAGUAUAUGGAGCCCCGAUUUCAAGCAGCUGUUGCGAAUCGACCAGGUCCUGACAUUCCCCGGAUCUUGAUUUUAAUCACCGAUGGGAAGUCGGAUGAUCUCGUGGAAGAACCUGCAAAGGUACUGCGAGAACAAGGAGUCAUAAUCUACACAAUAGGAGUCAGAGGUGCAGAUGAAAAACAGCUGGAAGAUAUUUCUGGUGAUCCUCUGAAUGUUUUUCCAGUCAAUGAUUUUGAUGGUUUAUUCCGAAUCAAAGAUCGCAUUGUUCAAAACAUGUGUUCCAAAGCAGCGUGCAAGGAUAUGAAGGCAGAUGUUCUCAUGCUGGUAGAGAGUUCAAGCCUAGUUGUGCCAGCAGAGUUUCUGAGGAUUAAAUUCUUCAUCGAGUCUCUCAUGAAACAGUCAGUGAUUGGACCGGAUGCACUGCAUAUGGGUAUAGUAGAGUAUAGUACACAGCCACAUACAGUAUUUCCUCUCAGCUAUGAGGAAGCCGAGAUGCACAAGAAAAUUGAAGACAUGCCUCACUUGGGCGGUGGCACUGAGACUGGCAAAGCCCUUCAGUAUGUUUCCCAGUUCUUUGAUAGGUCAAUGGGCGGUCGUCCUGGAGUCCUACAAAUCCUGAUUGUCAUAUCUGAAGGGAAGUCACAGGAUGACGUCGCUGAUGCUGCUAGCAUGCUGAAGCGGAAGGGGGUCAUCAUCUAUGCCAUUGGCAUUGGCAGUGCAAACAAAAAUCAAAUGGACACCAUUGGCACCCAUGUUUUUCUCAGGAGGAAUCUUGCUCCAGAUGAGCUGCAGUCAGUAUCACAGGAUAUCAUGUUUGAUAUCUGUCAUUUUAAGCAAGGAUGUGAAAUCGACUUCGCAGACAUAAUCUUUCUUGUAGAUGGUUCACAGAGUGUCAGUUAUGAACAGUUUCAGAUUAUGAAACACCUCAUGUCAUCCAUUGUGAACAGCUCUUCUGUUGGAGAAAACGCUGUGCGCAUUGGAGGCAUUGUUUACUCCACUGAACCAGAAAUCAAGUUUGCCUUGAAUGAAUAUAAUACCAAUAAGGAGCUGAGACAAGUCAUAUCAGAACUGAAGCCUUUGGGUGGUGACACUUACACAAGCAAAGCACUGAGUUACUCUCUAGACUACUUCAGUGAAUUCAGUGGUGGCAGAAAUGAACUGGUGCACAAGUUUCUCAUAGUUAUGACCAAUGGAGAGGCAAGAGAUGCUGGGGAAUUGAAAAAUACUGCUGCUAAGCUGCGUGAAAAAGGAAUCAGGAUAUUUGGUAUUGGAGUACAGCAGGAUGAAAAUAAACAACUACCAAAUCAGCUGCUUACAAUGGCCGAUGACCCCAACAGAGUGUUCUAUGUGGAUAAUUUGAAUGCCUUGGGAACAGCAGACAGAAACAUUUCUGAAGAGAUCUGCAAAGAUGAAAAACUUGGAUGUACUGUGGACAUUGCUGUUGGAUUUGAUAUCACCAGAAGGCCGAGUAAACCCACUCUCUUCAGUGGACAGAGCCAGUUGAAGCAGAGACUGCCUAAGAUAAUCAGAGACAUAUCAUCUCUGGAUGGCAUAUGCUGUGCUCCUCCUAAUAACAUUGUUAAUCCAAGGAUCGCCUUCCGUCUGGUGGAUCAAAAGGGGAAGAUGCUGGAAUUUUUUGACUUUACCCAGUACAACCCCGACAACCCCGAUAUUGACAAAAUAGUGACAAAUUUAGCAAUAGGCGAGGACACCUUUUUCAACAAACAGCUGCUGGAGUCUUUUGAGAAACUCUUCAGACCAAGGCAGGCAGAAAUAAAGGCCCUGAUCAUUUUCUCAGAUGGACUUGAUAACUCAGUGGAGAUGCUGAAAAGUGAAUCAGACAGGCUAAGGAAAAGUGGAAUAGAUACGCUGUUGGUGGUGGCUUUAGAGGGAACCCAAAACGCUCAUGAGCUUCAAAUGGUUGAGUUUGGUUUAGCAGGUCCUGGUGAAGUCAACAGGUACAAGCAGCACUUUUCCAUUGGGAUGGAUAACAUAGCUAAUGCCAUAAAGACAAACCUAGUUUCAGUGGUUCUGAGGAAGUGUUGCAAUAUAAGUUGCAUUUGUGUUGGGCCACCAGGGCCCCCUGGACCCCCAGGGUAUCAUGGACCGAAGGGAAUUAAAGGACUCCCAGGAUAUCCAGGAUUCCCUGGAGAUGAGGGAAGCAGUGGAGGCCGAGGACCUCCAGGACUGAAUGGAACUAAAGGAGACCAGGGAUGCCAAGGGAUGAGAGGUAUAAAGGGUGGAAGAGGCUACAGUGGUGAAAAAGGGACACCUGGAGAAGAUGGCCUGGAUGGUGUGCAUGGAGAUCAGGGUGAUCCUGGAAGUAAUGGCACGGCUGGAGAGAGAGGAGAUCCUGGCAAUCCGGGUUAUCCAGGCAUCAGAGGUGGUCCAGGGACUUAUGGCGAGAAAGGAUUAAGAGGAGAUCCUGGAGCGCCUGGGAGAGACAACAUAAUUGAAGGUCCAAAAGGAGACCAAGGCAGCCAGGGAGCACGGGGAGAAGCAGGGGAAGAUGGCCGUCCUGGAGAGGAGGGAUUACCCGGAAAUGAUGGUCCCAAUGGCAGGAGAGGUCAACCAGGGGGGCAGGGACGCAUAGGAAGUCCAGGUGACUCUGGUAUUGAGGGUCCCCCUGGUCCUUCAGGACCUCAGGGUGCAAGGGGAUUACCAGGUUUUGUGGGACCUAUAGGUCCUCAUGGUUUACCAGGCCCGCAGGGGUUUCCAGGAGUAGAGGGACCAAGAGGAUUCAGGGGCCAUUCAGGGAACAAAGGACAAAAAGGGCAGCAAGGCGAUCCUGGAGUCCAUGGAGCCGAGGGAUCAUUGGGCCCCAGAGGACCCCCGGGCCUUGAUGGUAGGGAUGGAUAUGGACCACCUGGACCAAAAGGACUGAAGGGAGAUCCGGGCUUUCCUGGUUAUCCUGGAUUGCAGGGUGAGGAUGGUGUGAAGGGCCAGUCUGGAGGUCCAGGCCCAAAAGGAAACCAGGGACGAGGAGGAAAUGCUGGAAGACCUGGCAGAGAGGGUGAUAUUGGAUUAGUCGGAGAGCCUGGACACCAGGGCCAUAGAGGACCUCCAGGCAAUAAAACAGACAUUUGCCACCUGCUGCCUUAUAUUCGUGAGAAUUGUGUAUGCUGUAAUGGUCAGACUGACUGCCCAGUCUAUCCCACUGAGUUGGUCAUAGGCUUGGACAUGUCCGAGGAUGUGGACCAGCGGGCGUUUGAAAGAAUGCGCAGCAGCAUGUAUGACCUGUUGAAGGACAUCUCCAUUUCUGAAAGCAACUGCCCCAAGGGAGCACGGGUCGCAGUGGUCUCCUACAACUCCAACACCAAACACCGUAUCCGUUUCUCAGACUACAGACAAAAGGACAAGCUCUUGGAAUUAGUGAAUGGCACUACCCUCGAACGCAGCUCGAGCAGGCGCAAUAUUGGUGAGGCCAUGCAAUUUGUGGCAAGGCACUCCUUUAAACGAACCAGAUGGGGUGCGCUGAUGAGGAAGGUGGCCAUCUUCUUCUCCAAUGGUGCCUCUGAGGACGCCAAUGCCAUCAACACUGCCAUGCUGGAGCUCAAAGCCAAUAACAUCCAAACUGCAGUGAUCGCCCUUAGAAACACCCCUAAUGUCCAGCGUGCAUUUGAGGCAGAUGACACAAGAAGCUUUAUAGUGCAAACUCUUCGAGAGGAACCAGACCAGUUAAAUCAGCUGAUGAAGAUCCAGCGCUGUGCCAUCUGUUAUGAUUUUUGCCAACCUGAUCCAGAAUGCAGUGACAUCGACCUGCUAAAACUAAAUGUAGACUUGGAUCUUGAUCUGACGUUGCUGGUGGAUGGAUCUCGGACAAUGAAAGCAGAUGAGUAUGUGGCAGUGAAAGAGCUGUUGGCUUCGGUCCUGAAGCAGAUAAAAGUGAGUGAGCAGCCAGAGAGGUCAGACAAACAGGCCAGAGUGGCUCUGUAUCAGACGUCCCCCACUUAUCACCCAGAUGGACGGUUGGGAACAGACAACCCAGUGCAGAGGGAGUUUGACUAUACAACCUACUCGAACACCGAGGACAUGAGGAGACACCUCUUGGAGGACGUACACCAGCUGGGUGGCAAGGCGGGUCUGGGACACGCCGUGGAGUGGGUCAUCGACAAAAACCGUGGCCCGAGCCCACGCAAGCACAAGAUGGUGCUGGCUGUGGUGGGUGAGGAGACCAGCGGGUGGGACAGAGCCAAGCUCGACCAGGUCUCAAGGAUGGCCAAGUGUCAAGGAGUGGGGGUGUUCGCUAUGACAACCGGACGCAAAUUCAACGCCCAAGUGAAGGAGCUGGCCAGUUCCCCGCUGGAUCAGCACAUCCUCCACUUGGGAGAGGGGGAGCCAGGACAGAUGGAGUACGCACGUCGCUUCCUGCAGGCUUUCUUGGGUACUCUGAAAAGAGGAUUAAAUGAUUAUCAUGUACCGGGGAUGUGUGUCGGACGACCAGGUAGUCUUGGCCCACAGGCAGCAGUUGGACCUAACAUUGAGAGUGUUCCUUUUCCUGUAUACCUGGAAGCAGAGGACCGCCUCAAUGAUCAAAGGACUCCAAAAUACGUUCCUCCCGUAGAGAAUCUUGUUGUGAUCAGGCCAGCAGGAAGGACGAGAACAUCUGAUGGAACUCACUCACACGCUCCCGGUAUAUACAGGAGAAAACGUAUAUACAAGAAGAACGGAAGGCCCAAUGUGUGAAAACAAGCUGCCACGAGUCUUAACAUGAGAGGAAUCGGUUAAAUUAACAAGAAUCAUUUUCCUGGAAUCAUCAAGAUGCAUUUAGAAAGAGGCAUAUUUUUUAGAUAACUGUUAAAUAUUGAAAAGAAAAUGUUGCUAAUACACAUUAUAUAUAUAU